AUGUCCAGAGUAGUCGGAAACAAGGCUAUCCUCGCGAUCGACGUCCUCUCGCUUGCUGUCGGCUCCUAUGGCCUCUAUGAGAACAUAAUCAACGCCCAGCUCCCCGACCACUUGGUCAAGGCUGGUAACUGGCAGUUCUUGACAAAUUUGUCGCUCGUGUACUCGUUGGUGGUGUUUGGGGUGGGAGUUCUUGCCCACUUGUUCCAUUCCCCUGCGUUGUUCCAGUUCAAGAACACCAUCCACCCAGUUGGGUUGGCUCUUGAGAGCAUCGUGGCAAUGGUUUACUGGCCAUUGCGGUUGUUUCUCAUUGAGUUGUUGGCCAAAGAUGGCAUUCUCCACAUUCCCGUCCACGUAGACUUGGCCAUCCAUUUGAUGCCUGUGGUAUCGUUGUUGAUCGACUACUUGGUGUUCAUGCCCAGAUGGACCAUCAAGACGUCCACAGCCUUGGGAUUGGUGGUGUUCUUAUCUUCUGCCUACUACGGCCUCUUGAAGGUCUUGGUUGACGUAGAGAACGGUGCUGCCUACCCCUACGUGUUCAUGAACGUGGAGACCGAAACCGAACGGGUGUUUGUGUUCAUUGUGGUUGGUGGGGUUGCGUUCCUCCAGUUUUUGAUUUUCAAAGGGUUGUAUGAUUGGAUCGUGGGCAAGACUGAGGAGGCAGACGAGGCCAUUGACCGCUUCGCAAAGAAGAACCAGUAG